GUUUUUGCGAUUUUACAGAUGACAUGCUUUUGCAAGAUUCGAAGCAAUCGUGACGAAGAAGUGUUGAUUUCUAGGGAAGUUCUUCGGGCGGCUUUGAAAUCUGGCUGCGUGGGGAAUUUCCAAGAGACUAUUCUGAAGUAUUUCGUGGAUUCUCUGCCGAAGAUUCCGAGCUUUUCUGUGUCCCCGCCGUGGUUCUGUGGUGGAUUUUCAGCCGAUACAUGGGCUUUUAAUGCUUUUCUUUUAACUUUUUACGGAUUCAGUUCCUGGAGAAGGCGGAAGAAGCUCUUGAAAAUUUGUUCCGUCCUGGAUGCGUUUGUUGUGGCGGUUUUCAAAUCCUUGAGAAUAAUUGGAUUGCAAAACAUCGCUCGCCGUGGAUUGAUUCCGGCACCUUGUUCAAUCUCAAGGAACAAACUCCCGCCGAGAGUGCGCAUGGCUGUGAUGGAAGUGAAUUCUCUGUUGUUGGAGGCGUUUAAGAGAAUGACUGAAGAAUGCAUGAUUCCCGAUGAAUUCCAAAUAUCUUCGACGUUGAGCACAGAAAUCAUGAUUGAUUCGACAGACCUUGAAGUUAUAGAAGUGCUUCUACUGUCUUGUGGAAAUUUCGUGACGAAUGUGGCUUUGCGAUCAUUUCCGUCGUUUCGGGUAAAUUUUCAGAGUUUCUAUGGAGAUUUAGUGAAAGAUAUCGAAGAGAAGGUUGAUGGUUUACGUGAUGAAAUCGUUGAGCACAUGUCUGAAGAGCAUGAGAAGUUUCUAAGCGGUUGUCGCAGCUCGGCGAAUGGCACGGAUGAGAAGAUCUUGUGGAAUUGCAUUGCAGAUUUCGGGUGUCAGAAAAACUUGUGCUACAGAGAGUUUGAAAAGGUUGAAGCGUUGAACAAGGAUAUUGUGAUUUCUGCCGUUGCUGCAAUUUCAAAUUUGGAAGAAGACCUGAGACCUCGACAUGAAAGUAUUUUCAGUGAUCCCGGAAUUUCAGAUGUUUCUGGUGGUGAACGUCAAAAAAUGCAUUGUGAAGGAUCGAAAUCUAGGAAGAUCUUGACACUAGGAAGAAAUGAGGUUUACGAGUAUGUUCUGCGAAGUGAUCAGGAAGAAAAGGAUGUCCUCAAGAGCUCUGUUCCUGAUUCUUCGGUUGACAAAACGAUCUUUUGCGAAAUUGCAGAGGAAUUAAGGCCAAAAUUGAAUGCUCGCGCUGAACUGCUGAAGAAUAGAUUUUCGUCAGCUGCCAAGGUUGCCUUUGCUUUAUACCGUACUCGAAUGUGUUAUGUAAACAUGGCCAGUCGCCCGAUCUCAACAUUACGUUGCGCGCAAACAUUACACGGCCACGAGAAAGACGUCACGUCAUGUGCUUUCUAUGACUCAUCCAUAUUGGCGACGGGAUCGAGUGACAAAUCCAUCCGGAUCUGGAAGAUAUCCGGAACUGCCGAAGAUGGAGAAUCAUUCGUUGAGGAAUUGAUCUCUCCCUUACGUGGUCAUUCCUACUCGGUGAAUUCCGUUUGCUUCGCGCCUCAAAGGGCUUUGUUAGCCACUGGUUCGACAGAUGGAGUGGUCCUACUGUGGGACCCUAAACUUGGUGAAAGAGUUGGUCGAUUGUACCACGAAUCUGGGGCAGCCGUUCGAUGCUGUUCGUUUUCCCCGAAUGGAAACGUUCUAGUCUCAGCCGCUGACGAUGGUACCUUGUGUCUGUGGAACGUGACCGAAUGCAUCUUAGUCAAAAAGUUGACGCUUGACGAUUCGGAAGCCAGCUGCGAAACAGUCUGUUUUUCUGAAGAUGGCACAACCCUAAUUGUUGGUACAUCCACGGGUCGACUAAUUGCUUUCAACGCUGAUCCGCACAAUGUUCAUUCCAUCGCUGUGUUCACAAAGAAUGAUGCUCAUGAUCUGGGCGUUACUUGCAUUGCAUUCCGGUCCCACAAGUCGAUUAUCGCGCGAUUUGAACAGCUUCUAGCCAGUGGAGGCCACGAUUGUAUAGUUCGUUUGUGGGAACUCGUCGUUGAUCCCUGGAAAGGUUCGUUAAAGAUUCAAGCUCUGAACAAAGGAUAUAAGGGGCAUUCUGGGACCGUCAUGUGCCUUCAGUUCCAUCCGUUGGAGAACUGGUUAUUUUCUGGUGCUGGGGACAAAACUGUUCGUAUUUGGGAUCUGGAAACCGGAACAUGCCUCACGGUGUCUCAGGGCCACGAUCGUUACGUGUCAACGUGUGCUGUAUCUGCUGAUGGUCGUUGGCUCGCCACUGGUUCCAACGAUAAGACUGUCAAAAUUUGGCGGCUUUUCUCUCAGUCGGAAAUCGUUCUAGAAGCUGACCCAUUCGAAGAAGGAAAUCUGUGGUCAGUUCCAGGGGGAAGACUCGUGCUGCCGUUCUCGGCGUGGACCUUCGAGGACGUCAUCAACUGGCUCGAUGAUCUCGGCUUGAAAAGUUAUGCGAAAAACUUUGAAGACCGCAAAAUCCAAGGAAUCGAUCUGGAAAGUUUGAACGGAAAGCGGCUGGAAGUAGAGUUUGGAAUUGAUGAUGAAACGCACCGCGACAGAAUUAUGAGUGAACUUCAGAAGCUCCGCCGAACUUUGAAAACGUCGGAAAAUAACUUGGUGAAGUGUCCAGUGGAGUUUUGCUGUCCGAUCACACAUAACUUGAUGAUCGAUCCUGUUGUUGCCCGAGAUGGAUACACGUAUGAGAAGUCUGCGAUAUUGGAAUGGUUCUCCAAGAGCCACAAAAGUCCUUUAACGAACCAAAUCAUGGAAUCCCUGGCAUUAGUUCCUAAUCUUACUCUCAAGGCAGUGAUGAAUCGUUACCAGAGAUCAGGGUCACUCGGUGAUACCAUGCGAAAUGUGAUAAAUAUUCAGGAUUUGACGCACGGCCAGCGUGUAAGGUUUAUUUAUAAGCGGAUUCUGCAACUUCAUCGAGCAUUGCCGAUUGAAUUGAAGGCUAUCGGAGACGAAUAUGUGAAGCAAGAAUUUCGACUUCAUAAGGCAGUGAACGAGCAAAAUGCUAACAUUUUCAUGCGUGAAUGGACAAGUUACGGAAACCAGUUGGCGAAUGACGUGAGCCUGAAAGCCAUCAAACAAGGAGCAAAGCUGGGGAGAAAUCUGGAAAAAGAAGAAAUCAAUGCUUUCAGUGAGGAUCAAGUAAACCAACUCGUGGAGCUCAUGAAAGAAGCCCGUCAAGUGUACGGGUCAUCCAAUGAAUCUGAUGCAACAUCCAGAUGACGUUUGCCAAGAUCACCUUUGUAGUCUAAUUCAGGAAAAAUACAUUUCUCAGGAUUCGUGUUCCUAAGGUUCAUAGUGAUAUAAAUCUAUCCCGUGAUUUUCUUUUUACUGUAAUUCGAAUUCGUGUUUUUUAGAGGUACCAAUUAAUGGGCUUGCUGGGUUUUAUCAUUUUCACCCCCGACAGAUUGAAGUGAGGCGUGUGUGGACAUUUUUUUUAUCGCUAGAAAAAGAGCUUUGAUGAAUUUUCCGGUUCUAGUGAUGAUGAGUGGCUCUUGAUGUGAUUUUGAUGAACACGAGUCACGAAUUACGUGUUUCUCUUAUUUUUUCAGACAGGAGUGAAAAAAAAAGGUU